AUGUCCGCUUAUUUGCCGAGGGCGAUCCUCGGUUGUUUACUUGAUGUCUCGGGGUCUAUGCAAGAGGCUAUGGUUGUUGAGGACCAAGGAAAGCCGCCCAUGGAGCGGCUUGCCGCAGUGCUUCGUGCUACACUUGAACUUGCCCGCGUCGAACGGGCUCACCAAAGGGAAACUCUAAUGUUUAUUGGCAUUUUUGGUCUGAACGAGGAAAUGCGAUGCCCAGCCGUUGUCGACCUUUGUCGUAUAAUCGAAGCCUUCCUCGAUCUCCGAAGAAUCGGCGACACUCGAAGUGGCCAUGACCGCCUUAUCGAGAUCGCAAACUCGCAGAACAGAGCGUAUAUCGAAAAGUACAUUCGGUCUAAGUUGAGGAAUGAGGAAGCAGAAGUCCUGCACAGACAUUUGGAACAAUAUCCGGACCAAAUCCAUGAUUUCAUCGAGGCAAUUCCAACCGAAGACGAAAACCGCCAAGCUCGAGAUAGGGCGCAUACAGUUUCUGGUGUGGGUGGUACGCUAGCCGGUGCAGCAGCAGGCUUUGCCGCUGGAGGACCACCUGGUUUUGUUGUCGGCAUCGUGGUAGGUGCGCUCGCUGGGAACGUCUCUGCCGACUCCGUCGCCGACUCUAUUGAGAAUCACGCAGUCGAUAGCUCAGAAGCUUUGAGCAUUGCUCGCCGGAUCUGGGAUGACUGGUGGCAUCGCUUUAUAGAGUUUGAGCCUCGACCUAUUACAGAGGUUAUCGCUUUACUGGAACGCAUACAGGAUUGUGACCUCAAUGAUGCACGUGCAGAAACGGAUUGCACUGCAGAUGGCCUAUUAUCAACACUUAAGCAGUAUCUGUACGGCAGAACGCCGAUGCACGAUGCUCUACGCAAGGCUCAAGAAGUUUUCUUGCGUUUUCCGGACGAAGACUCUCACGGUGUCACUAGCCGAAGGCAAAGGAUGCUCCUUGUGGUGUCGGAUGGCCUGUGGACCGAUUCUAGCCCAAUAGGAACUGCCCAAGGCAUGACCGCGCCAAAGAAUGAGAAACACAGAGUGGCCUUGGCAGUAGUACAUCUUACAAGUGCAUCUCAGCAAUUCCGAUACAAGCUUCAUAAUCGCGAACGGUCGCAUUGGGAUAAGGGGCAGCGGACCCUCUUUCAACUGGCCAGCAGAAUCCCCUGUAAUCUCCAUCCCAUACCAGUCCUUGCUUCUAUGGGAUGGCAGCUCCCAUCUUCCAACGAGGUUGCUCUCUAUGUCGAGUUGUGCUCUGCUACGGUCCUAGAGGCGUUUUGUUCUGCACUGCUCUCUGCAAGGUUUGGCUCAGCGGAUACCUUGUUCGACAUCAUUGGCCGAGUUCAAAUCGACUCUAUCGUGAAUGACGUCCAUGUGAGGACGCGUUCUAAUCCUACGAACCAAUUCGACUCGGGGACAUGCUAUGCCCACGCCAUCGCCGCAGUCGUCCAUAUGGCACUUUCACGAAUUUACGCACUCCAGGGUGGGCUUCCGAGCGUCUUGGAAAUUCGUGAAAGGAUUCUGGUUGACUUCCCUGAAAGUAAAGACGGCUGGCCGGUCAAAGAAGUAUUAGAUAAAUUGACCACAAAGAGGUGGUAUCGUCCGAUUGUUCAAUACUCUGAAAAAGGGGAGGACGGUGCACGUCAGGCACUACUCCUCCGUCGCCCUGUGCUCGCUACUUUUUCACUCUCGAAGACCGGAUGGCAGAAGUUCGGAGAGCAUUUCAGUGACGAAAAAACAAAAUACCUUGUUCUCGACAAGACAAGUGGGGAGUGA